AAAAUCCGGAGAUCCCUUGCAAUCGGAAAACCCUCAUUUUCAAAAUUUAAAAAAGUCCUCUCUGUGAGGAGACAGACGGCGCAACAAUGUCGGGUUUCUCCUUUGGAACUUCUUCUUCGUCCCAAUCUUCAACUUCAUCUCCGUUUUCCAUUACAAACCCCUCCUCCUUUUCUUCUUCUUCUUCCUCUUCCCCAUUCUCAUUCGGAUUCACAAACCCUAGCUCUGCAGCAUCUACUUCACCAACCCCUUUCUCUGCUUCCUUCACUUCUUCCACCUCUCUCUUCUCCGCUCCCACCACAACCGCCGCCACCGGCUUUGGAUCCUCCUCGUCCUCCGGAUCUUCUGCACCGUCGUUUUCCUUCGCCUCAGCUCCGUCUCUGUUCGGCUCCUCCACGGUUGCAUCUUCGGCUUCUGCCACGACCGCUGUGAGUACCGGUUCUUCCAUUUUGGGUGCCGCGAGUUCAGCCUCGCCCUUGUUCUCCACAUCCUCCCCUGCAACGACACCGUUCGGGGCAACAUCCUCUUCAAUGACGCUGUUUGGUGGAACUUCAUCUGCGACCACGCCUUUAGGAGGAAUGUCCUCUGCUACAACGCUAUUUGGAGGAGCAUCCUCCGCUUCGACGACGCCGUUUGGCGGAUCGUCCUCUGCGAUAACGCCGUUCGGGGGAACGUCUUCUUCAACACCACUGUUUGGAGGACCAACUUCUGCAACGACGUCGUUUGGAGCAGCAUCCUCAGCUUCGACGACGCAGUUUAGUGGAUCGUCAUCAGCGACAACGCUGUUCGGGGGAACGUCUUCUGCAACUACGGCGUUUGGGGGAACAACUUCUGCAACUACGCUGUUUGGAGGUACGUCUGGGGGAACCUCUUCUGCUGCAACGACGGGGUUUGGGUUUGGGGGAUCGUCUGGAGCAUCAUUAUCCUCCUCCUCCUCCGCUGCAACUACGUCGUUUGGAGCGCUUAAUGUUUUGUCAGCUUCGUCAUCAGCUGCAACUACGACUCCUUUGUUCUCAAGCGCAUUCCCUUCUGGCGCUUCUUCAUCUUCGAGCUCAACUACGCUGUUUUCAGCGUUUACAAAGCCAUAUACACCAACCACUGCCCCUGCAAUGACGGCGUCUAGCUCAUCUGGAUUAUCCUUCGUAACCCCUACUUCCUCUGUUUCUCAACCUUCUUUCGGGUUCACCAAUGCUGCUUCUGCAUCGACUUUGGCUUCGUCAGCGUCUGCAGUUACCGGCACACCUGCUUCGAAGCAGCCGGGUUCUUUCUCUUUCACAAUGGCUUCGGCACCACUGUUCUCAACGGUGACGACCACCACUACUUCAACUCCAUCAACUGGUGGCACAACCCUGUCGUCUUCUAUGCCUGCGUUUGGUGGUGGUGGUGGUGGUGCUGCUGCAUCUUCUGCUCCCGCGAGUGCUGCCAUGUCGUCUUCUUCUGCUAUUCCCGCCACCUCUGCUGGUGUUUCCUCCUCAGCCAGCGGAGGAUCAUCUUUUGCGGGUUUCGGUGCAGCAGGAAGUACGGCCUCCUCUGCUUCUUUUGGGACUGGGUUUUCCUUUGCAACCAAGGCAUCAACGCCUGCAGUUACUAGUGUUUCUGCUCCUUCAUUUGGGGUGAGCACUUCUACAUCUACUGCUCCUGCAAUUUCCAGUUCCAGCACUAGUGCAACUCAGAUAUCAUCUGCACGUGUUGUGACUUCCACAAGUGGAACUACUUCAACUGUCAGCACUUCAGUUGCUACCGCACCAAAAUUGCCAUCUGAAAUCACAGGGAAGACUGUGGUUGAGAUUAUCAAGGAGUGGAAUGCUGAGUUGCAAGAGCGAACUGGAAAGUUUAGAAAACAAGCUAAUGCAAUAGCUGAAUGGGAUCGUAGGAUUUUGCAGAAUCGUGAUGUUCUAUUGAGGCUUGAGAUUGAAGUGGCAAAAGUAGUUGAGACACAGUCAAAUUUGGAGCGGCAAUUGGAGUUGAUAGAGACUCAUCAACUGGAGGUUGAUAAGGCGUUGCAAAGCAUGGAGGGAGAAGCUGAACGUAUUUACAAGGAUGAGCGUGGAAUACUUCUUGAUGAUGAAGCUGCAUCAACAAGAGAUGCAAUGUAA